AAUUAAAGAAUUAAUUACAUUUGAUAACGUAUAAAAUUAUAUUGAUAACGUCGAAUAAAUAUUUUUAGUGGUUUCCAAAUAAUAUAAUGUGUUUGAUAAAAUAGUGCAGUUUUAACCUUGACUUGCACAGCUGCUGUCAAGUAACAUAACCAAGAUUUGACAACGAUGAAAUUAAACAUAGUUUCGGUUCUAAAUUCUUCAAUAUCUUCAUCAUGAGGAACGUGGAUGCACAUCUAUUGGAGGAUAAGAUGGACGAGGCUGUGACACACUAUAUUAAUUCCCACCAAACAGGCGAGGCAGUACAUGUUGAUACCAAUGCCCUGUCACUCAAUGUUCAAGAUGAAAAUGGCAGGGUGGUUACCAUCAUGCAAGGCCAGGGAUUCGCCUCACAGAUGAGCAGACAAGUAUCAGUGGGCGAGCAAGUGGAGGGGGGACCGUGGAAUGAGGAGCUUCUCGACCCGGAGAUGAGGUUAGCUGCCCUGGUGGCACACCUCGCGCACCAGUCGCGGGCGUCGCAUCAUCAGCCGCCUUCACAUCAUAAGGUGUCUUCGGUAAGGGAUGUAGAUUCUUCAGUCAUCUUGGACACUCCAUUGAGGCUGUUUAAUGGACAGGCAAUGGAUUCACAAUCAGAAUCGAUUGUGGUGCAAGUGCCUUCGUUACCGCCCCUGCCGCCACUGCAAGAGAUGAAGAGAUGUCAGGAAACCGACUGGUUUAAUAAUAAGAAUAAAAAUACGCUUAAGGAGGAUAGCGAACUACUGACAGAGUCGGACGGUCCGAUGAUGGAGCUGAGUGCGGGCGCGUCUCCUGCGCAGAACAAACAGAACAAGAAGAGUCUGCCACACAAGAAGCGCAUCUCGCGCAAGUUGAAACGCAACAAUGGCGGCAGUACUCCCCAACAGGGCAUUGUUGUUAUAAACUACAAUGAAGAGGUGCAACAAGAAGAAAUAUUGCCGGAUAACUUCGUGACGGGGGUGCAGCAUCAGGAACAUUUGACGGAGGAAACCCAUCAUAUCACACAAGAAGUACGUCCGAUCCUGCUCUGUCAACUAUGCGGAGAGUUCUACGGCGAGGAUCAACUGAAGUUCUACCAACAUCUGAAGCAACAUUACGAGCCACAUUCCACCAUCAUCAUUGAGAAUCCUGUCUCAGACCUUACCAUAGAUAAGAUGACCAAUACGUGCAUAGUGGACAACGGUGCAGCGCUUCCAGACUCAAUAGUGGAGUUGUCUUUAGAGAACACGGUGCCAAAGACUACGUAUCAACCCAUAGACAAACAUAUCUUAUACACUUCCAGUGAUAAAACUUUAUACACUAAUAAGGUGCAAUAUUCAAUGGCGAGUAUGGACAAAGAACCAGUGGUGCCUACGUCAGAGGCCGAGAAGACUGAUCUAUACGAUACUUUAGAUAAGCUCGAGCUGUACAGCUGUGUUAAAUGCAACAAGUCCUUCAGGAAACAGAAACAGUGUGAGGCUCAUAUUAAGGAAGCUCAUUCUAAUUCUAAGUUGGACGACAUGGGUGAGUUCAGUGAGCCGGAGGACUUAAUGGAGGGUAUCCACGUGGCGGUGGAGGAGGGCACGGAGCAAUACGAGUCCACCUUCCUGCCACACCUCACCGUGGAGAACGGACAAGUGCAUCAGGAGCAUGUUCGACACUGGUACAUGCGAAACGGAUCAGCCAGUGGAGCGGCGGGGCUCGCGGCGUGCGGCGCGGACGGCGCUUACUGCCCCGUGUGCCCCGCGCCGCCGCGCCCGCCGCCUGAACCGCAUAAUAACCUCAAAGAGGAAGUCCUUCAAAGGAUACUAGACUCGGAAGUGCCCACGGACCAGAACUUCUCUGAAAACAUCAUACAGGAGAGUGAAGUGCCUCCUGAGCCAGAACCUCCGAAUGAAAAUAAUGAUGAUAAGCCAAGCGAGUCAUCAGAUAAUAAGAAGAAGUCAAAGAAAUGUGAAUGUCCGCAAUGUGGCCGGGUGUUUUAUCAUAGAAACAGUUUGCUGUACCAUGUGCUGUCGCAUAGAGGCAAGCAGCACGAAUGCCGAGAGUGCGGCAAGGGAUUCUACACGGCUAAUGCUUUGAAGAUCCACAAGCGGGUGCACAACGGGGACAGGCCGUACAAAUGUGAGGAGUGCGGCCGGGAGUUCCGACAGUGGAGCGAUCUCAAAUAUCACAAAGUUUCACUUCAUUCUAACCAGAAACACUUCAAAUGCGAGUAUUGCGGUAAGGAAUUCGCUCGGAAAUAUUCGCUGAGCGUCCAUCGCCGCAUCCACACCGGCGAGAGGAACUACAAGUGUGAUUACUGCAACAAGACCUUCCGUGCCUCCUCCUACCGCCUCAGCCAUAUGCGCACGCAUACAGGCGACCGACCGUAUAAAUGUACGAUAUGCGAGAAAGGUUUCCGCGUGGGAGCCGACUUGCGUCGUCACAUGCUCACUCACGAGAAAAUACGCAACCGGUUCGAUGAACAAAAGACAGGCAAAUUGAAAGAGGACAAGCAUUCUCCUCUUAAGGAGCCUAAAGUCGAGCCAAAGGAGGAUGAUACCGAAAAAGCGGCGGCUAAUGUAAAGAAAAUUGCCGUCGCGUCCACCACUAGGCCGCCUUUACCGAAAGUUCUAGAAAAGAAACAAAGGCCCACAAGAAAGGCCCCGAUUAAAAAGGGAGGAGCUCCUAACGUAACCGUCACACAGAGUAGAAACAGCGAGCAGUUCAAGAUGAACACAGAGUACGCAAACAACGUCGAAGUGUACGACACGCGACAAGAUUACAGCAAGUUCAAAGAAGUGUAUUCUGAUGCUAACGUUGAAAUUGUAGAAUACAGCAAAGACAAUUCCUACAAAAAUAAAGAGUAUAGUGAACAAAUAAUAAAUUAUAAGGGUACCGAGCAAGUGCGUGACUUCGCGACGCUUCGACCAAUGUACAGAAAUAAUAUAUGCGAAGAAAGCGAAAAACCAGUAUAUAGUAGGACUGAGAAUACUGACGGAAAGAUGCAGGUGUUUACACAUGUAGAAAAAAGUGAAGCUUUGACAAAUUCAGUGGCGCUAGGUGAUAUAAGGAAUCUAGAACGAGAACGUGGUGAGUUGCACGGGGAGGCGAUAGAAAACGGGUUUUUAGAAAAUUUGACUGCAUUAUACAAUAUACCGGCCGUAUGAAAAAAGUUUUACAAUGCUACGUAUAGUAGUAGACGUUAGAUCAAUAGACAAUACAGCGUUUUAAAGACUGUUUAUAGAAUUUAAAAAUGAAUGCGUCUCCAACAAGUGAGGACCAAAAUAUAGUCAAAUUAAUUUUUCAAAAUAUUGAGUGCUACGAUUUUUUAUUUGCCAGGUGCAUAAUUUUCUAAUAAAUGUUUUAAUAGAUUGUGUACACCUUUUUAAGUGCUCGUAAUUUUAAACCACAUUUUUUGUCUGAAUUCUAUCUCAGAUAUUAUGUAACCCGAACGAGUAUAUCUAUAAAUCUAAGACGUGCUAUUAGUUAACACGUUGAUUGAAUAAUAAUUGACCAAUACAUACCAAAUAACUAUACCAUAUAGUCUACUAUAUUUUGAAAUUCCAUUUGUUCCAUCGACUUCGCUCUCUAAAAUUCUUGCUGUAACAUUCGAAUUAAAAAAAAUUAAAAACAUUCACAAACACUCUUAAAUAGAGAUUGAUGGAAUAUUCUAAACUCAAUAAAAUAAUAUAAUUUCCGAGUUGAUACCGACGGACCAAUUUAAAUUUGUUUAUUUUGACGUCACAACAAAUUCUAGCGUUUUUCACUUACGGUUAGUUCAAGACAGAAAUAUUUUAGAACUCUACUAAAGUUAAUUUCUGUCCAUCAGUAAUCUGAUUACUGAGAUAUUAAAGAGAUGUUAAAUCUCAGCAUAUAUGUUGCCAACUGGUGAGCGAUAUUAAUUCUCAGUCAAGCGCGAUUUUUACGAGCGAUGCCUUGCCAUAUUCUUCCGUCUAAACGAAGCAUCUAAAGUCUACAAGUGUAAUUAAUAGACAAAUUAGUACUGCUGAAAGUUAAACUUUAAACAAUUGUGCCAAUUAAAGUAAAUAACUAAUCCAUCGUUAUUUACUUAAGAAAUAAAAUAAAACGGACAUAUAAAUAUUGUAUAUAAGUAAUUAUUACUCGUACCUUGUACUUAGAAUUCGAAAAUAAAUACUUCUAUAUUUGUAAAUAUAAAAAAAUUAUCUGUAUAAACCUAUCAUUCAAUUCGAUAACUAAGUUGUUUACCGAAAUGUACAGGUAUUACCGAUAUUUUAUAAGGGUGAUUCUUUAAGUUCAAAUUGUUCGUGGAUUUCUCUGGUUACAGGUCUGUAACAAAUUAUCAAAAUAAUUGGGUACUUACCUUAACAACUAGUGUUACUAUCCUUACAUUUAUAAUAUAAUAAAAUCUUCGUACCUAUUUAGAAAAUACUGCCAGGGAUAUCAAAAAACAAUUAAGAGCUUGAAAAACCAUCCGUCAAUUUCCUCUAAGUAUUAUUAAUUAUCAAUCACACUAAUGUAAAUAUUCUAGGUUUAAAAUAAGUUCUAUUAUAGUUCGCUAGAAUUUUAUACUGUUUGAGUGGUGUCAUGGUGUAAUAUAAAUCAAAUUAGUAUAUUCAGUGGACCAGCUCGUACGAUAUCACUGAGAAGAUAAUAACUUCUAGCGAAUUAACAAUAGUACUUCAUAAUAUUUGUUAUUUAAAAAGGUGAGUUGUCACGAGUAAGGUAUAUCGAUCUCUUCGCCUUAGUCUUUGAUAUUCCACUACUAUACUCAUUGCAGCGCAAUGGGCUGGGUUACUGCCCAUGAACCAUAAACCAUGGUCUGAACCAUCCCCCUCAGUAUUCGUUACGGCGCCACUAACACCCAUACGUACUCGUAUGGCUACCUGUACGUACUUGUACGGAGUGUAAGUGACAACGAACGAAUAGUGAGGGGGAUUAUUCUGAAUUAAUAUCAAGUGUAUUUUUCCAUCGCAAAAGUAUAGAAUUGAAAAUAAUUUAAUAAAAUAAAGACAUGAAUUUUGCAACGGAAAAUUCCAUUUGAUAUUAAUUAACUCAGAAUCAUGAGUUGAAACAUUCCCCAUAGUAUUCGUUACGAUGUCACUUAUACGCCGUAUAAAAAAUAAACUUGUUAUAGUGUAACUCGUAGACUGCAACUUCCAAAUUAGGUACCUAAUUUAUUAUUUUGAAGACUAGAUUAUUUAAGGUUACAGUAGGUAUAUGUAACGUUGCACAUUUUCUGUAUAAGUUAUAUACUAUUGUACAUAAUGAUUUAAUUUAUCGUAAAUUAAAAGUCGAGAAAAGGAAUAAAAGUUUUGUUUAUAAGGUGAA